UAUACCUACAAAUGAACCAACACACUCUAAAACAUACAUAGAUAGAGUGAGAGGUGUUAAUGGGAAAUCACAGAUUUAAAUUAUCAAAUAUGAUCCCAAAUGCAUGGUUUUACAAGCUCAAAGACAUGAGCAAGACCACCACCAACCACCACAACAAACCACCGUCUGCUUCUUAUCACUCUUCUUCAACCACCACAGCGCAACCACCGGAUCUUUCCCAAUUCCACAAUUCACCUAAAUUUCCACAUUUCCAUGACCCAACAAGAAAAUCUUCAAAAAGAUCAACACCCAACAGAAAAACCAUAUAUAAACCUUCUCCUAAACACACUGAGUCAACUCAUAUCAUUCAAGAGUUCUUGCAUUCUCCGGAGACAACCCAAUAUCCAUCCUCCGAGUCAACUCAGUCAAGACUGAGUUCUUCCAUCUCCGACUUCAUAAUCGAUGUAAAGGGAACUAAAAAGAUCGAUUUGUACCCGGAAAUAGAGCUUCAACCCCCUCCGAUCAUAACAAAACCUGCAAACCGAACCUCAAGAAACCGGCGAUAUAUCACUUUCCGGCAGGAAAGCCAAAGAAAGCAACCAAAUUCUGAAGGCGGUACGUCGGAAACAAGAACUUGGGAUGAUUUUCCAACAGUUGUCGGUAAUCUGUUGGUAAAGUCCACCGUCGGUAAUCUACCGCAAAUGAGAAUAUCCACUCACAAGAAUCCAACGGCUGUUUGCGACAGUAAUCCGUCUGUAACAACCAUUACCGACUUACCAAUGAAUAUGGGACCGUCACUACAGUUGGCUGCAGGUGAUCCGUCCGUAACAUCCGUCAGUAAUCUGUCGCAAAUGAGAUUACCCACUGACAAAAAUCCAACUCAUUUUUUCGUCGGUAAUCCGUCAGUGACAUCCAUCAUUGACAAAUUACCAACGGAUAUAGCCGUUAAUGAUACUCCUUUAUUUUGUAGUGCAUCACCUUCUGGCAAGAAAGCAAAAGAAAUUAAUCAAAUUCCGGCAAGAAAAUCAAUCUCCGGUGUUAAACUGAGAUCGAAUUCGCCGAAACUAGGAAUGACUAAAAGAAUUGGUCACAAAUCCUUUCAGAACAAAAACUUGUCUAAGAGUUUUGCAGUUGUGAAAUCAUCAUUUAAUCCAACAAAAGAUUUCAUGCAAUCAAUGAUGGAGAUGAUAACUGAAAACAAGAUGACAUCAUCUAAUGAUUUAGAAGAGCUUCUUGCUUGUUAUCUUGCUUUGAAUUCAGAUGAGUAUCAUGAUGUAAUUGUUAAAGCAUUUGAGCAAAUCUGGUUCAGUUUGCCAGAUGUUUGACUUUUUGUAGGUCAACAAAGUGGUAAAACUAUGUGAAAUUUGAUGUAAAAAGUUGUCAGAUUUUAUGUUUUUGAGUGUUGACAGAAGGUCAGAAGUUUGAUCACAUUCUUAAAAAGUAAAAUUCUGACGGAUUCGGAACGGGCUGAAGUUGUUUUUGAUUGAAAAAGAUGACAAGAUUUAUAACA